GGGGCCGGAGCCCCCCGGGGGUCCCGGAGCGGACGGAGCGCGGCUCCCGGGGCUGCUCAGGAGGAUGCACUUGUUCCGGAGCUCCAGCUACGACGUGCGGCUGGAGGGGGCCGGGGGGAGCCUGCCCCGCAUCCAGGGGAUCCGCUGGACCCCGCUCCUGGACUCGGAAUCCAGCCUGGACUAUGGCCACAGCAUCACCCAGGCGUCCUCGGAGAAGAUCUGGAGGGCGGGCAAGCUCCUCUUCGCCCACCUGAGCACCUCCCGGCCCGGCCUCAUCCGCGACCACAAGCACCACCUGCGGCACCACCGGCAGUGCUGCUCGGGGAAGGAGCUGGUGGAUUGGCUGCUGAGCGCCGGCGCGGCCGUCCAGACGCGCGGCCAGGCCGUGGGCGUCGGGCAGGUGCUGGUGGACAGCGGGGUCCUGACGCACGUGAGGCAGGAGUGGCACUUCCAGGACAAGGAGACGCAGUUUUACCGCUUUGCCGAGCUGGAGCUGAGCCCCGAGCCCGGCGCGGGGCCGCGGGAGCCCGAGGAGCUGCUGGAGGCUUUGGGGUUCCUGGCGCAGCUGGGCCCUGAUGCGCUGCUCUCCAUGGCCCUGCGCAAGCCGCCUGCCCAGCGCACGCAGGACGAGCUGGAGCUGAUCUUUGAGGAGCUGCUGCACAUCAAAGCCGUGGCUCAUCUCUCCAACUCGGUGAAGCGGGAGCUGGCGGCCGUGCUGAUGUUCGAGGGGCACCAGCGUGCAGGCACUGUCUUGUUCAGCCAAGGUGACAAAGGCACCUCCUGGUACAUCAUCUGGAAGGGCUCGGUCAACGUGGUCACCCACGGCAAGGGCUUGGUGGCCACCCUGCACGAGGGGGACGAUUUCGGGCAGCUGGCGCUGGUGAACGACGCCCCGCGGGCGGCCACCAUCCUCCUGCGCGAGGACAAUUGUCACUUCCUGCGCGUGGACAAGCAGGACUUCAACCGCAUCCUCAAGGACGUGGAGGCCAACACGGUGCGGCUGAAGGAGCACGGCAAGGUGGUGCUGGUGCUGCAGAAGGACCUGCAGGGGGGCAGCGGCCAGGCGGCCUCGGCGCGGAGCAGCAGCAGGUACCUGGUGAUGGCCGGGACACCUGAGAAGAUCCUGGAGCACCUGCUGGAGUUCAUGCGGCUCGAUGCCACCCUCUAUGACCCCGUGGACACGCUGCUGGGGGAUUUCCUGCUCACCUACACCGUGUUCAUGCCGACCUCGCAGCUCUGCCGGGCCCUGCUGCACCAUUUCCGCGCGGAGCCGCUGGAGGGCUCGGAGCAGGACAAGGCCUCGUACGCCCUGCGCAAGCGGCGCAAGAUCCUGCGGCUGGUCAGCCAGUGGGUGCUGCUCUACGGGCGGCUGCUGCAGGGCGACCGCAGCACCACGGCCCUGCUGCAGAACCUGGCAGACCUGGCGAGCCGGGACCCUCAGCUGGGCGGGCUGUGCCAGGAGCAGGGCCAGGAGCGGCGGCGGCCCCGAGCGCUGGAGAACGGUGACGGCAGCGUGUCCCCCCAGCCCAAGGCCUGGAGCUGGGGUCACACAGGACACGCCACAGGAGGGGUGGUGGCUGUGGCCGUGUCCUCCUGUCUGUCCCUCCUUCCCCAGGCACGGAGCUCGGGAAUGUGGCUCGGGAGCCCCGAGGAGCCGAUCCUGGACAGCACCUGUGCCCUGCGAGCGCAGGACAAAGGUACUGCCCCCUCAGCGGGACUGUCCCCGCAGCACGGGGACACUGAGGUCCCUUCUGUCCCUUUGAGGUCCCUUCUGUCCCCCCCAGUGCCCUACGAGAUCUUCAGGGCCGACCACUCGUGCCUGGUGGCGGUGCUGCCGGUCAACGCCGCCGUGCGGGACGUGCUGCGGGCGCUGGCGCCGCGGCUGCGCCGGGACCGGGAGCACGUCCUGGUCAGGGUGAACUCGGCCGGAGAGCGAGCGGUGCUGCCGCAGGACGCCCUGGGGGUGUUCACGGCCCUGGGCCUCAACGAGAGGCUCUUUGUGGUCAGCAGGGACGAGCUGGGCAGCCUGACCCCCCACCCCGAGCAGCUGGGCCCCCACGCCGGCUCCUCGGACACGCUGGACCUGAUCAGCUCCAAGGACCUGGCCAGCCACCUCACCGACUACGACUGGAACCUCUUCAAGAGCAUCCACCAGGUGGAGAUGAUUCACUACAUCGUGGGGCCGCACAAGUUCCGCGAGGUGGCCACGGCCAACCUGGCGCGGGUGCUGCGGCGCUUCAACGAGCUGCAGUUCUGGGUGGCCACCGAGCUGUGCCUGUGCCCCGAGCUGGGGCGGCGCGCGCAGCUCCUGCGCAAGUUCAUCAAGCUGGCGGCGCACCUCAAGGAGCAGAAGAACCUGAAUUCCUUCUUCGCGGUGAUGUUCGGUGUGAGCAACACGGCCGUGACUCGCCUGGCCAAGACCUGGGAGAGGCUGCCCCAUAAGAUCCGGAAGCUGCACUCAGCCCUGGAGAGGAUGCUGGACCCCUCGUGGAACCACCGUGUCUAUCGCCUGGCCGUGGCCAAGCUGAGUCCCCCCAUCAUCCCCUUCGUGCCCCUGCUGCUCAAAGACAUGACCUUCAUCCACGAGGGCAAUCGCACCCUGGCCGAGAACCUCAUCAACUUCGAGAAGAUGCACAUGAUGGCCAAGACCGUGCGGGUCCUGCAGCGCUGCCGUGGCCACGCGCAUGCACCGCUGUCCCCACUGAGGAGCCGCUCCCCUCACCGGCCCGAGGACGCCAAGGCCGUCAGGAUCUCCACGUGCUCGGAGCAGUCCCUGAGCGUGAGGAACCCCGUGUCCACCUGGGCCUACCUGCAGCACCUGAGGGCCAUCGACAGCCAGAAGGAGCUGCUGAGGCUCUCCCGGGAGCUGGAGCCCUGAGGGCAGCGGGGCUGGAGCGGGGACGGGGGCCCAGAAUGGGGA